AUGCGAGGCCCGUCCGGCUGGAUGGUGCUGCUGGCGCUCGGCAGCUGGCUCCGGCUGCGGGCGAAGGGCGCCGUGCCUCUGGCUGACUUCUACUCCUUCGGGCCGGCACAGGGAGACGCGGCCACCCCGCAGCAGGACGACGGCGGCUCUGGGCUCCGGCCCAUCGCCGUGAAGUUCCCCUUCUUCGGCGCGGCUCACACGGCGCUCUACGUAAACAACAAUGGAAUCAUCUCCUUUCUGAGAGAGGUGUCCCAAUUUACACCAGUAGCUUUCCCCAUCUCAAAUGAUCGACGUGUAGUUGCAGCUUUCUGGGCUGAUGUAGAUAAUCGGCGUGCAGGAAAAGUAUACUACCGGGAAACCAGGGACCAAGCCAUCUUGGAGAAAGCCACUAAGGACAUCUGGCAAUAUUUCCCAGAAUUUCCAGAGUUCUCUGCCCAGUGGGUAUUUAUAGCCACUUGGUACCAGGUCACCUUCUUUGGAGGAAAUUCACAUUCUCCAGUAAAUACUUUCCAGAUAGUCCUCAUCACUGACGGGAUGCUGUCCUUCACUGUCUUCAACUAUGAGUCAGUCACCUGGACCACUGGCAUGCAUGCCAGCAGCGGGGGAAAUUCAGCAGGCCUGGGAGGCAUUGCGGCCCAGGCAGGUUUCAAUGCCGGUGAUGGAAAACGGUAUUUUAACAUCCCCGGAUCCCGCACUGAUGACAUUGUUGACGUGGAGAUGACGACAAAUGUGGGUAUCCCCGGGCGCUGGGUGUUCAGAAUCGAUGAUGCCCAGGUGCAAGUGGGGGGCUGCAACAACACAACUUCUGUGUGUCUGACACUCCGCCCUUGUCAGAAUGCAGGAAAGUGUAUUGAGGACUGCAUCACAGGGAACCCCUCCUACUCCUGUUCUUGUCUGGCUGGUUUCACUGGAAAGCGAUGCCAUAUUGAUGUGGAUGAAUGCGCUUCUAAUCCAUGUCAGAACAAAGGCUCUUGUAUUGAUGGCAUCAACAGCUUCAGGUGUUCGUGUCCGCAAGGAUUCAAAGGGAUCACAUGUGAAAUUGAGGAAUCUCCAUGUGAAGCCAAAGAAUGCCUGAAUGGUGGGGAAUGCCAGGCAGCAAACAGAACAGCUAUGUGCCUGUGCCAGCCAGGCUAUACUGGAGAAGAUUGUGAGACAGAGAUAAAUGAAUGCGAGUCCAACCCAUGCCUGAAUGGUGGGCAAUGUAUGGACCUGGUGGACAAUUACACCUGUGUGUGUGUGGCGCCAUUCACAGGACAACGCUGUGAAACAGAUCCUUCAGCCUGUGAGGGCAGGAACUGCAGGAACCGGCAGACGUGCAACUACAUCCGCCCAGGGCGCUACAUCUGCACAUGCUCUCCAGGCUACUAUGGGAACAACUGUCAGUUUGGUGGGCCCAGAAUGCCCAGUGCGUGUAUCUCCAAUCCAUGCCAGAAUGAGGGCACUUGUCUUGAAACGAGUCAAGGCUACAUGUGUGAAUGUCUUGAGGGAUAUUCAGGUCCUGAUUGCAGAGACAAGCUUUCAGAGGACUGCGAGUGUCGGAAUGGGGGAAAGUGCCUAGAUGGAAACAGCACUGUAUGCCAAUGCCCACUAGGAUAUUUUGGUCUUCUCUGUGAAUUGGAAGUGACUGCUACACCUUGCAGUAUGAACACCCAGUGCCCAGAUGGAGGUUAUUGUAUGGAGUACGGAGGCAGUUACCUGUGUGUGUGCCAUACAGAUUAUGGCACUAACCACACUGUGCCACCAUCUCCCUGUGACUCAGACCCUUGCCUGAAUGGUGGAUCAUGCGAAGCUCAGGAUGACUCCUACACCUGUGAAUGCACCCGGGGGUUCAUCGGCAGACACUGUGAGAAAGCAAGGCCAAAGCUGUGCAGUUCUGGGCCCUGCCGCAAUGGAGGGACAUGUAAGGAAUCAGAUGGUGAAUACCACUGCACCUGUCCCUAUCGCUUCACGGGAAAGCACUGCGAGAUAGGUAAACCUGAUCCCUGUGCUUCUGGCCCUUGUCAGAAUGGGGGCACCUGCUUCCACUACAUCGGCAAGUACAAAUGUGACUGCCUCCCUGGAUAUUCCGGACGACACUGCGAAAUAACCCCUUCUCCUUGCCUCUUGAAUCCAUGUGAACAUGGAGCCACUUGUAAGGAUCUUGGCAACAGCUACAUCUGCUCAUGUCCAGCUGGCUACACAGGAAGACACUGUCAGUCAGAGGUAGACUGUGGUAUCCCCAAUCAGAUAAAGCAUGCUCAGGUGGCAUUUAACUCUACUAAGAUGGGAUCUCUGGCAGAGUAUCAGUGUGAUCUUGGCUACACGUUGAGUCCCCACAGCAACCCCAGGAUUUGCAGAGAACAAGGUGCCUGGAGUGACCCUCCAGAGUGUAAUGAAAUUGAUGAAUGCAGAUCCCAGCCAUGCCUGAAUGGGGGCUCAUGUAAAGAUCGAAUAGCUGCUUUCCUGUGCUUAUGCAAAGCUGGCUACACAGGACACCACUGUGAGUUGGAGAUUGAUGAGUGUCAGUCAGACCCCUGCAAGAACAGCGGAAUCUGUAAAGAUCUGCCAGGUUCAUUUAUCUGUCAUUGUCCUGAGGGCUUCAUUGGAACCCAGUGUGAAACGGAAGUGGAUGCCUGUGAAUCAAACCCAUGUCGGAAUGGAGGAGAAUGUGAAAAUUACAGUGGUUCCUACCUGUGUGUCUGCCCGGAGGGCUUCUUUGGCUACCACUGUGAAAUAGCUAGUGACCCUUGUUUCUCCAACCCGUGUGGGAGCAGAGGCUACUGUCUUCCCAGCAAUGGAUCUCACAACUGCACCUGCAAAGCGGGCUACACUGGCAAGAACUGUGAGAAAGAGCUGCUGCCACCAACGUCACUAAAGGUGGAAAGAGGGGAGGAGACUGGGCUGUCAAUCUCUUGGCGCCCUCCCAAGGACCAAACCGCCAAGAAUAUGAUUGAUGGCUACGCCGUGACGUACGUAUCCUUCGACGGCUCUUACCGCAGGACUGAUUAUGUGGACCGAAGUCGUGCUGCCCACCAAUUGCGGGCACUAGCCUCCGGCAAAGUCUACAAUAUUUCUGUCUUUUCAGUCAAACGCAACUUGAACAACAAGAAUGAUAUCAGCAAGCCCGUCAUGCUCGUCACUCGUACUAGGCCUCGCAAGGUGGAGGGAUUUGAGAUUGCCAAUGUGACUGCCACAACCAUUACUGUACAAUGGGCACUCCACAGGCUCAAACACUCCUCAGUGAGCAGGGUGCGUUUGUCCAUACGCCAGCCAGAAGAUGCGGAGGACCAUGCUGCAGAAGUAAACAAUACUGUGACCAAGUACACAUUCUGGGACCUACAGCCAGGGCAGAAGUAUAUUAUCCAUGUGUGGACCUUGAGUGGCCUGAGUCCUGAAGACCAUCCUGCUGAGAGCUUUACUACGGCACCCCUCUACAUAUGGACUCGCCCUCUUCCUCCUAGGAACCUGACUGCAUCUAGAAUCACUGCUACCUCUGUUCAUAUGAUAUGGGAACAGCCCCUGGUUGGCUCAGGGGAAGGAUAUAUCAUCAAUGAAACCACCAGUCAGAGCGUGAAGAGCCGCUAUGUGCCCAAUGGAAAGCUGACCUCCUACACUGUGCGUGACCUGAAACCAGGGCAAAGAUAUCGCUUAUCUGUGACCGCUGUUCAGAACACAGAUCAGGGUCAAGUGACCAGUGAACCUGCCCAUCUCUACAUUACAGCCUUGCAGAAGGAUGGUACUCCAGAAAGGCGCUGGAGCCAAACAGGACAUCCUCGAGUACUGAGAAAUCGGGUCCCCCCAGCAUACUUGCCAGAUUUGCGCCUGCUUGCAGAUCACAACACCCCAGAGGAGCCUUCACAAGCACCUAGGUUUACAGAGCUGGUGGAUGGCAGGGGAAGGAUCACCACUAAAUUUAGCAGCUCACCAAGUAGACAUGUCACUGUGAGAACACAACCUGAUGCUCCAAAGAAAGUGGAAGACAACAUAGAAGAAUCCACCAAUCAAGCCAGCCUGGCACUGCAGCUAUCAGAGCCCGAGAGCAGCAAAAAAGAAAAUGACAAGCAGAACUGUUCCAUAAACUUCUGCAAGAAUGGGGGUACCUGUGUCACUGGCUCAGAGUCCUACCACUGUGAUUGUAAUCCUGGAUACAAAGGCAGACACUGUGAACUCGCCUGCAAGAAGGUGCCUCACUCUUGUACUCGGCUCUAUUCAGAAACCAAGUCCUUUCCAGUCUGGGAAGGAGGUGUCUGCCAUUACUUAUACAAGCGGGUCUACAAAGUCCACCAGGAUGUCUGCUACAAGGAGAGCUGUGAGAGUACGGUUCCAAAUAAAGCAGUCAGCAGGAAACAAAGUAACAGACACUGAAGAAACCAUAUAGAUCCAAAACCAUCAGUAUUUCUG